AUGGACCGUUUAAGAGUGGCCUUUCUUGGCCCGCUAGCCUCUUUCUCACACCAGGCAGCCGCCGAGUCUUUCGGUAGGACAUUGGCCGAUUUGAUCCCCCAUCUAUCCUUCGCCGAUGCCUUCGCCGCACUUCAAAGCCAAAAAGUAGACUAUGCCGUGAUUCCUUGCGAAAACUCCACAAAUGGCUCUGUCGUCCAAACACUCGAUCUCCUUGCAGACCGAAACAAUCAAUAUAAAGAUGUCAAAGUUUGUGGCGAGUACUAUUUGACAGUGCACCACUGUUUAUUGGUACACAGGGGCUCGUAUCCAUGUGGAUGGUCGGGAUAUGAUGGGUCAAUCACAAAGUUAUACACACACCCACAAGCAUGGGGACAGUGCGAAUCAGUGCUGUCACAAUAUUUCAAGGGUGUUGAAAGACAGGACGUCUCAUCAACAUCUAAAGGCGCUGAAAUAGUCUCAAAGGAUCCAGAGGAGAAAGCUGCGGCGAUUGCGAGUCGCUUUGCGGCGGACUUCCAUGGUGUGGAUAUCUUGAAAGAGAACAUUGAGGAUCGAGCGGAUAAUACGACUCGUUUCCUUAUCCUGAGGAAUGUCCUUGCGGAGAAAACGGCACAGUUGGAUCUGGAACAGCCGAAUGCGCCUACAUCGGCGGAGAUCCCGGUGCAUGAUAGUACGCAUAAGACGUUGAUUACCUUCUCGAUUGAUCACUCCUCGCCUGGUGCGUUGGCGGAAGCGCUGCUUAUCUUCAAGAAGCAUGGUCUGAAUCUUACGACUAUAAAUACGAGACCCAGUUUGAAGCGCGCGUGGCAGUAUAUUUUCUUUGUCGAGUGUGGUCGGACACCGUCGGAUGAGAACAAAGAUGCUGUUGUGAAGGCUUUGCAGGAUCUGAGGGAUGUUACAGAGUAUUGCAGGGAUUUAGGAACUUGGAAGGAUCAGUUGGAUCAAUCUGCAUAG